GCCCCCAGCACCCGGACGGGCUCGGAGCCUGCCCUGCCGCUGGUGGUCUCCUAGCAACGCGGGACCCCGCGAGCCGGACUCGCCGCACGCCGGCGGGGGCAACGGCGGCCCGCGCGCCCAGAGCCUUCUCUGCUCCCGGGGAGGGGCAGCCCGGGGCCACCGACCCUGCCCCGGCAGAGCCCACCUGGCGGGCCGGGCCGGGCCCCGCGGGAGGGUGGUGCCCUGAGUCGGGGGGCAGCGUAACGCCUUGCUUCUGGGGCUUUGCCAAGUGCCGCCGCCGCCGCCGGGCAGGGGGAGACAAAAGCCCUUUGUGAGCCGGGCUGGGGGCGGAUGGAGGCACCCGCCGUCCCUGCCCGGAAAGGACCCGGCUCCUGCUGCCGCCAAGUGGCUUUGCGCUGGGCUCGGGGGUCCCUACGCUCCCCCUGACAUGCGGCGCCGCACGCCGCCCCUGCCCUGCCUCCUACCUGCGAAGGGUGCGUCCCUCCUCCCGCUUCUCCUCCUCCCCCGCAGCCGCCCGAGCCCCCGGCGGGGCUGAGAGCGAGCGAGCCGCCCAGCCGAGACUUGGCCGCCAGGACAGGGAGAGGUGCCGUCUGCUUCGCAUUAUGUGGAUCCCACUCCUGGCUUUUCUUACUGCUGGAAUCGUCUCUCUGCAGAAAUGCCAACGAGGGCCUGGCCCCAUGCUGCGGGCAGCCAGUGUGCUCGCAGCUGUGCCGGGGCUGUGCCAGCGCCCGGAAAACAGAUGUGCUACUUCAAAUGCGCUAACGUGCACAGUGUGCCUUGCCCUGGGCCCAGAGUGUGGAUGGUGUUCUCAGGAGGAUUUCAUGGCAGGAGCAACACAGAAGGGACGAUGUGACAUGAUUUUCAAUUUAAUAAAAAAAGGCUGCCAAUCAGAAUUUAUAGAAAAUCCCACCAUUCGUGUAACGAUACCCAGCGACCACAAAGAAAAUACACAAGUAACACCGGGAGAGGUUUCAAUCCAACUGCGUCCAGGAGGUAAAGCAAGCUUUAUGUUAAAAGUCCAUCCUCUAGAGAAGUAUCCAGUGGACCUUUAUUAUUUAGUUGAUGUCUCAGCUUCUAUGCAUGACAACAUAGAAAAAUUAAAUUCUGUUGGAUUUGAUUUAUCUAAAAAGAUGGCAAAUAUUUCCGUUGAUUUUCGACUUGGCUUUGGAUCAUAUGUGGACAAGACUGCAUCACCCUAUAUUAGCAUUCACCCAGAAAGAAUCCAUAAUCAGUGCCGUGAUUAUAAUUUAGAUUGUAUGCCACCUCAUGGCUACAUUCAUGUGCUCUCCCUGACUGACAACAUAGCAGAGUUCAAAAAUGCAGUGAAUAAACAAAAGAUCUCUGGGAAUAUUGAUACACCUGAAGGGGGGUUUGAUGCUAUGCUUCAGGCAGCUGUGUGCCAGAGCCAUAUUGGUUGGCGCAAAGAAGCAAAGAGAUUACUUCUUGUGAUGACAGAUCAGACCUCUCAUCUGGCCCUUGAUAGUAAAUUGGCCGGGAUAGUAAUUCCCAAUGAUGGAAAUUGCCAUCUGAAAGAUAAUGUGUAUAUCAAAGCUACAAGUAUGGAACAUCCAUCGCUUGGGCAACUUUCUGAAAAACUGAUAGACAACAACAUCAAUGUUAUCUUUGCAGUUCAAGGAAACCAGUUUCACUGGUAUAAGGAUCUUUUGCCUCUGUUGCCUGGUACUGUCGCAAGACAAAUAGAAUCACAAGCAGCUAAUCUCAAUGAUUUGGUGGUAGAAGCCUAUCAGAAACUAAUCUCUGAAGUGAAAAUUCAGGUGGAUAACCAGAUCCAAGAUCUACACUUUAAUGUAACUGCAAUCUGUCCUGAUGGAAGUAGAAAAACAGGCAUGGAAGGAUGCAAAAAUGUGGCUUAUAAUGAAGAAGUGCUUUUUAAUGUCUCGGUUGCAAUGAAAGGAUGUGGUACAACUGGAGGAAGAAAAUAUGUGAUAAUCAGACCUAUUGGUUUCAAUGAAACCACCAUAAUUAAUAUAUAUAAAAACUGUGCCUGUCAGUGUGAGGACAGUGCGAGGCACAAAAGAAUAUGUGUCGAUGAAACUUUUCUCGAUGGUGAAAGCACCCAUUGUGAAGACACUAACUGUAGUUCCAGUGAAGAUACAUUUCCUUCUGAGAGGUGUAAGUUGCACCCAGACCAGCCCAUCUGCAGUGGUCAAGGAGACUGCAUAGGUGGAAGAUGUUUCUGUCACAAAACCAAGCUGGGCAAAGUGUAUGGCAAAUACUGUGAAAUGGAUGACUUUUCUUGCCCAUAUUACCAUGGAAACCUGUGUGCUGGCAAUGGUGAAUGUGAAGUUGGUAAAUGUAAAUGCUUUCAUGGCUGGGAAGGUGACCGCUGUCAAUGUUCAUCAUUGACAGCAGAACAUUGCAUAAAUUCCAAAGGCCAGAUUUGCAGUGGAAGAGGAGCAUGCAUAUGUGGAAAAUGCGAGUGUACUGAUCCAAGGAGUUUUGGCCGGUUUUGUGAAUAUUGCCCUACUUGUAACAAUGCCUGUGACGAAAACAGGAAUUGUGUUCAAUGCCAUUAUUCUAACAAUGCAUCACAAACUACACAUGACCAGUGCAAAACCUCAUGUGCUUAUAUGGUGCAUUAUAUUGAUCCAGCAUCAGAAUGUUUCUCUGACUCAAGCUACUUUAGAAUCUUUUUCAUAAUCUUUAUAGUUACAUUUCUGAUUGGGUUGCUUAAUGUACUUAUCAUCAGGCAGAUAAUUCUACAGUGGAAUAGCAAUAAAGUUAAAUCUUCCUCAGAUUACAGAGCAUCUGCAACAAAGAAGGACAAGAUGUUUUUGCCUACUGUUUGUACGAGAACAGUAACAUACAGACGUGACAAACCAGAAGAAAUAAAUAUCGACAUCAGCAAGUUACGAUUAAAUGAAACGUACAAGUGCGAGUUCUGAAGACUGUUUUCUGCAAAUCUCUAUUUCCAUCAUUUUCUAAUUUUAAAAAAGCUAUUUUAUUUUUUAUUGUGUAAGAGUCUUGACUGAUACUGUUUGUUUUUGUGGCGUGCAUUUUUUGAAUACUGUAACAAACCAACAUGUAAGCAUAGUCACGUAAUGUGACUAUGUUUGAAGUUAUGGCUGCUGUAUUUUAUGAAAGAGAAAUGUGCAUUACUACUGUUCAAGACCAUUAGUGUUGGUGUAGCACUUUAAUGUAAAAUAAUUUAUUCAGUUAUGCAUAGAAUGUAGAUAUGAACAGGGGUGACAAAGCACUGAUCUCACUUUACAUGUAGCUUGUAUUGAUGUGCGCUGUGGGAAUGGGCAAAACUGUGAUUAAAAUAUUAACAUUCCUGUACAUUAUGGCAAUAGAUGGAGCUAUUGGAGUACUUGUACAUGUAAAAAUGAUACUUCUUAAAACUUCUUUGGUUUUCCUUUCAAAGUUCCACUGAUCUUGUCUGCUUUGACAUCAGUUUAUCUUCUUAUAGUUACUUAUCAAAAAUAACUGGAUUAAUGAGUGCUUAGUUACUACUGGUAUUUUAAAAAAUCUACAGAUUAUAAUGUCACUUAAACAGGGUUUAUUCUUCAUAUGUGAUAAAGUGUAUACAUUUUAGUAUUCCCUUUGUUCCAAAAUAGAGGCUUUUAUAUAUAUAUAUUAAGAUAUGUGAAAAUUGAGUCAGUAUAAAAAGGGGAAGGGGAGAGUUGUUGUUGUGUGGUUUUGUUUUUUGUUUUAGCUGACUGGAAUACUCUGGCUAAAUUCAGCUCUGGGGUUGGCAAGAGGAGCUGCAUUGAAGACAGUUAAGUUACACCAGGGCUGUAUUUGGUCUGCUAGUUACAUUUCAGUGUUUUGCCAGAUAAGGGCUCUCUUCUUGUUAAAUAUUUGAUAUGCCUGAUUUUUCCACAUCUGCUACUUUUUAGCUGAGAGAAUCAGUUUGCAUGAAUCCUUUAUUUAACCACCUAAAUUGUUGUUGCUGUUCACUGGGAUAUGUAUCCAGUAGGAUGUGAAGGUGUCAACUUCAGAAGAAGAAAAAGAAUACAGAAAAAAGGAGAGGAAUUUUCCCAUGAGAACUAGUUGAAUUGACUAAUGUAGAUUCAAAUUCUGCAUUCAGAAGUCUGCAAGAUCCUUCCUAGAUUCAAUGGGACCAAUAUGGAUGCUUCUGAGGGCAGAAUUUGUAACACAGAAUAAAUUGUGCAAAGACACUCCGCUUCUCCAUAAAACAAACUCUGCAACAAUGGAGGCUGUCGUCUUGUUGCUAUAUGCCAUAUAAAGUGCACAGCCAGUAGUCAGAAUGGCUUGUUUUACAUUGUCGUAAAGUUAGGAAGUCCUGGUAACCCUCUUUGAAAUAUGCACUAAAAUUUAGUUGGCAAAAAAUUUUCUGAGAUGAUGUAUGUUAUCAGUGCUAAAUACUGAUAUUCAAUACUAAUCUGUGCCUAUUGCAGAGAAUAUUUGUUUCACUGAAACAAAGGGGGGAAAGUCUUUAUUUAAAAAAAAAGCAGAAUAGACAUUGUUGAGGUACUUAUAAGAAACGAGAAAUAUGAAUUCUCCCAAUUCUGCAUUCCUUCUGUACAAGUAAGUUCCACUGAAAUCUGUGAGAGAUGUGCAUGUGAAAGGAAUGCAGGAUUUGGAAUAGAUAAUCAGCUUUAUGGAUUUUGUUUCACAGAGAGCAUUCCCUAAUACACUGAUCAAAUGGAAGUUUGGAAAAAAAAAUCCUACAAAGACAAUGGCUCAAAAUGUCCAUUGUCGUUGUUCUAACAGCUCUAGAUAUCAGUGGUAGUCACUACAUACUUCCCCCUAAUAAGGCACCUUUUAAACUCCUCUGUUAAGUAUUUCUAUGUCACACAUCACAGUCGUAUCUGAACUUCAGUUCAGACAGCUUAAAAAUGUCUCACUAGAAAUUGGAAUACAUUACACUGAUUUUAUUUGUGUUCAUGAUAACCUUCAUUUUUAUUUGUUAAUUAUAGAUUAUUGAAAAGUAUAUGGCAUUGAGUCAUUUAAACUUUAUACUGUAUUUAACUUGAAUUAUUUUUCUUUAUACUGCACAGUGUGGGACUCAGUCCUCCUCCUGUGAAAGUUAAUGGGAUGAUUACCAUUGACUUUACAGGGAACAGCAUAAAGGCCCAUGAGAAAUGAGCAUACUUAAUAUUGCUCCGGUCAUAAAUUGUUAAAGAGAGGAGGAAACAGGGUACAGUCUGGAUAUCAGUAACUGUUUAUUUAAUUGAAAGAUUUCAUGUGCUUCACAAAAGAUGUGAACCUAUUCUUUAAAUAAUGGAAUAUGAUUUUUAACCUAAUUCUCUUGGAAUGAAGCGUAAUAGCCCUUAAGACAACAUAUAGUUAAGUGAUAUAUUUGGUAAAAAUAACUUAUAAUUGUUUAAAAUAACUUCUCUUCAUUGUUCACAAGUGUCAAAUUAUGGAACACAAGUGGAGUUGGGGACUUCACAUACAGGAGAGAAAGAGGUCUUUAUGGUAACAUCUCCUCCCUACCUCCAAAAUACAUCCUAUAGCUGUUUUUCUCCUCCUGUUGCACUUUGUUGGAACUGCGGCUCUACUCAAAUGGGGGCAUCGCCAGCAUGUUGCCAUCAGACCAGCUGCUCUAUGUAUUAUAUUCCACUCGAGUCAGUGGAACUUUGCAACAUAAAUUUCAUUGUAAGCUGCUGCUGUCUUGAGUAGUUGUAACUCCCCCUUCCACUGUGUUAAGGUACCAUGGUGGAGGUUACGAGUGGGCUACUGACAAAGAAUUAGCUGCUAGCAAUGCAGACGGCCAAGAGCUAAUCUUUAGAAGGCCUGUUGGGAGGUCAGGCAGAACGAGAUCCUCAAGACGGUGCCUGAUUCUCAUGGAUGGCUGCCAUGCAUGAGAAACUGUGGCUUUGCCUGCCAGCUGUUCCCCUCGGCCACUGGCCCUGCUUUUCAGAAGGGAUGGUGCAGAGGAGGAAUGACCCAACAAAUGCCUCACAAAGGUGGGGAUCUGUGCUCCCAUUUGCACAUAACCUUAAAUGAGAAAGCACUUACCCCAUAAUUCACAAGAAAUUUGAUCAGCACUUACGGUACUGUGGUUGUGCUUUGUGUAGCAGUUACUGUGUGAGCUAUUGGAAACAAGAUAGUUCUACAUAGUUCAUAUCAUGAUUUCUUCUCUUUAUAUUGUGUCUCUAAGGUGUUCCCUCCAAACAAAAAAUAUAAAAUUUGGCCUCAACAAAAGUCACUACAGGCUUAUGAGAGAAAGGUAAGCCCACUGAAAAAUGAAACAAAUUUCAAAUAAUUUGACAGUAGGCCAGCUCCAAAAUAUGGAACACUUCAUUAAAGAAAUACACACAGGUACUAGAUUUGUAUUGUUAACUGGUCAUUUGGGGAUUUUUUUAUUUUAUUUGUUUUAUUUUAUGCCCCAUAAGCACAAUCUUUACAUGAGCAUCUGCAGAAAAAUUGUUGGUCUUUGUUUAAACAUCUGUAUGAAUGGUUUAAUUAGUCUAAUUCUAAACUAGACACUUGAGCAUAGAGAGGGCUGAAGCCUAUUCAUCUCUAACUACUUGUUCGCGUAUAUUUUAGAAAGGACAGAUG